AUGGCCAAACUCGACUCAGAGUUCAACCCCCCUCAAUUCAACUUUGUGCGCGAAGUUGUUGAUCAAUGGAGUCAACAUCGUGGAGACUCUCCCGCAUUGGUUCUAGUCACGCAGAAAAGGCGCAAAGAUGUGUCUUAUCGUGAGCUGAGUGAGCGCUCUAUACAAGUUGCAUCCGCGCUUUAUGAGCUAGGGCUCCGACCAGGAGACAUCAUAGUGAUCUCGGCAGCACGGUGUCGAGACUGGUAUGAGAUUCUAUGUGCCUGUCUCCGCAGUGGAAUUAUCGUCUGCCCUGUUGCUAGUGGACUCUCUAGCGCAGAUCUGGAACAUCGAAUCCACAAGGUUCACGCCAAAGCAUUCGUCGGCGACCUUGUCCAGGUGGAAAAAGUGUUGCUUGUCAGAUCUCGUCUCGCUACGCUACAGCACAUGGUUCAGAUUGGGUAUGAUGAUAGGAUCGCAGAUGCGAUCGACUACUCGGUCUUGAUAGCUCCUGGUAAGGCAGAUGUAGUGGACACUACGAUCAAUUCAGUGGCAAACUCCCCUGCUGUCCUUUAUUUCACAUCCGGCACGACUGGGGAACCCAAGACCGCCCAGCACAGCCAAGUUUCUCUGGCUCUGAGUAGCAAGAUUGCUGGAGAACACUGGGCUCAGCUUUCUCCCGGUAGCCUGUUCUGGAGUCUUUCAGAAGUUGGUUGGGUGAAAGGUUCAUGGGCUGUUUUUGCCGCAUGGAAUCAUGGGGCUGCAUUACUGGUUGAUGAAACACCGAGUCAGAUGUUUGACCCCAUUCAUACGCUCCGAAUUAUGCAUGAAUACCCCGUCACCAACUUCUGUGCGACCCCAACAGCCUACAGGCAAUUAGUCACGGCACAUAGUCAAGAGUUUGCGACUUCGCAUCCUCCACAGAUGAUCAAAAUCUGCAUCAGUGCUGGCGAGACAAUCGAAAGCACUGUGAUCAAGGCCUGGGGGGAAAUGACGCGGGGAGCAACAAUUUUGAAUGGCUAUGGUUUGACGGAGACGGUUUUCCUCUGCACUGAAACCAUAGAUAGCCAGCGUCCAGGCUCAAUGGGGCGACCUCUCCCAGGCAUUCCACUGGAGAUCUUAAGCGAUGACGCGGAGGCAGUGGUUGUUGGAGAGGAAGGUGCCAUCGGAGUUUGCCUUUCUGACUGCAAGGAUUCCAUAUACGAUGUCUUUAAUGGUUACAUGAACGAAGAAGGUGUUGUUACUCGGCCAACGGUACGAAGUGCAGCGGGUAAAGAGUACUAUCUAACAGGAGAUCGAGCUUAUCAAGAUGGAGAGGGCUACUUCUGGUUCAAGGCCCGAAAAGAUGACAUCAUCAAUUGUUCGGGAUAUCGCAUUGGACCGAGUGAAGUUGAAGCGGUCUUGCAGAGCCAUCCGGGGGUGCUAGAAUCAGCGGUGGUUGGUAUCCCGGAUGAAGAACGUGGGUCUAUCAUCAAGGCCUAUGUUGUCUUAAACGAGGGGUAUGAGACUAGACCUCCGCGAAAGCUGCAGGUCGAACUUCGCCAGCAUUUUCUGAACAACAGUGCAUCCUACAAAUGUCCCCGAGUCAUUGAAUUCAUACCCGGGGCUAAAUUACCUCGAACGGUCACCGGGAAAGUGCAGCGACAUGAACUUCGAGCCUGGGAGCAGAGGUCCAACCAAUGA